CUCUCUUCCUCUCUCUUUUCUCUCUCCUUGUUUCAACGGGCGAGGAUUUUUCGAAACGAAAGCUCUUGUUGCAUCUCUCUCUCUCUCUCUCUCUCUAGGAGGAGGAGCUCUCUCUCUCUUCUUUUCAGGCUUGAAUUUAUAGUUCUCUCUGGAUGAGCUCGACUUCGAUUCCCGCCACUUCUCGUCAAGAAGAGGACUUUGGGCGUAGGAGAUGACUGUGGCAGGAAUGGCUGAGUUGAAAAUAGAGGAUUGUUGUCUCGAGAACAAACAAUUGACUGCCGCCUCCAACUCCUCUUUAUCUGAAGGCAGUGCCAGUGCUACUCUCAAAUCUCCUGCAGUGUCCAGCCCGGCAACUACUUCUCCCUCUCACCGGAGGACGACGGGACCUAUCAGGCGGGCAAAGGGUGGUUGGACCCCAGAGGAGGAUGAGACAUUGAGAAAUGCUGUUGCAGUUUAUAAUGGCAAGAAUUGGAAGAAAAUAGCUGAGCACUUUCCUGAUAGGUCUGAAGUCCAAUGUUUGCACAGGUGGCAGAAAGUUCUUAAUCCUGAUCUUGUUAAGGGACCUUGGACCCAAGAGGAGGAUGAUAAGAUCAUUGAUUUGGUAUCAAGAUAUGGUCCCACAAAAUGGUCUCUCAUAGCAAAGUCUCUGCCUGGUCGUAUAGGGAAACAGUGCCGAGAGAGAUGGCACAAUCAUUUGAAUCCAGAUAUCAAAAAAGAAGCUUGGACGUUGGAGGAAGAACUAUCCCUUAUGAAUGCCCAUCGGGUACAUGGGAAUAAGUGGGCUGAAAUUGCUAAGGUUUUACCUGGAAGGACUGACAACUCAAUAAAGAAUCAUUGGAAUAGUUCCUUGAAGAAAAAGUUAGACUUCUAUUUAGCCACUGGUAAUCUCCCACCAGGAGCAAAAAGCGGUUUACAAAAUGGCUGCAAGGAUGCAAGCAAACCCACUUCAGCUAAAAGAUUACUUGGUGGUAAUAAAGGAGUAAAGUUGAACCCUCAAACUUCAUUAGGAAAUGCCGGCACAUGCAAAUUAGAAGAAGAGAAUCAGGAUAAGUUGGAACUUAUGGCUCAGCAUCAAGAAGCAUGUGGGUCACCAAGUUUUCUUCCUAGUGAAUCUGCUAAUUCGGGUAGUGCAGAGUUUAAAUCUAGAAUAGAUGUUUCCAGCAAUUUAGAAGUAUUGGCCCAGAGUGAGGAUAGUGGAACCUAUUGUAAAAGGGAUGACAGAGAUGUUGGAACAACACCACCAGAGCAAGCUCUGGUUUAUGGUUGUCUGUGCUAUGAGCCACCUCCUCUGGAAAGUUGCAUCCCUCUUGAUUCUGAGAUGAAUGUUCAUCUUCUGAAGCAAACUUGCAACUCGAGUCCUGCAAGUCCUGUUAAUUUUCUCACUCCACCUUGGGAGAGAAAUGAUUUUUUUUGCUCACAAAGUCCCGAAUCUAUCCUCAGGCUUGCCGCUGAGACCUUCCCUAAUACUCCAUCUAUAUUGCGGAAGAGAAAAACUCAGGUUGCAAAGCACUUGUUUUCGAAUAAAACUACUAAGGUAGAUGGGGAGAUUGUGAAACACAAGCUUGAUUCUCCUGAUGUAGGGAGUAAUGGUAGUUUGGAUAAGUCCACGUCUCAGAAUACAAGUGUCUGUGAUAGUCCUUGCCUCAGUAAUGGUGCCAGUGCUACUAUGUGCAAUGGUGGUGCUUUUAGUGCAUCUCCACCAUAUCGGUUGAGAUCCAAACGGACUGCACUUCUCAAGUCUGUGGAGAAGCAGCUUGAUUUCACCUUUGAGGAAAUGAAGUUGGAUGGCAGUACAAAAUCGGUCGAUGUACCUAUCAAGGAGAAUGUUCAUAAUGCAGAAGAUCCUUCUUCGCACAUUACAAAGAUGGUUUCGAUCCAGGAAUUGAAAGUGUGAGUAAUUAGCGUAAUAGCUUCUGUUUAGGACUAAUAGUGGAAGCAUUCUCGAAGUUGCUUCAAGUGGUGAUAAAUGGUAAACAUCUGCCAGGCGGUUGAUGACAAGCGACCAUGUGCAUUGGAGAUCUGGUAAUCUUUCUUCAAUGCUUCACUUUGUUGUCACAAAGAUGGCUUGGCUUGGGAGAUUUGUUCCCAUCAGAUGCUUACCACGAUAGAAGAAACUCAGAAGUAGAUGCUCUUUUAAAAAUAAACCCACGGUAGAAGAUGGGGCAAUCCAAGUCUGUACAGAAAUCAUUUGAUAAAUGGAAAUUUGGUUGGUAUUACAUCCAGGGUUAUACGAUGAUUUUUCCUUUUCAAUACAUUUUUGUUCACCUUCGGCUGUCAAUAUCUUACUAACAGAUCCAUUAGCACAGUGCUUCCCCACUUGUAAUUUAAGAAGGCUGUCAUCCCUUUUAUUGGAUUUUAUCAGAUUCAACUGUACCUUUUGCUAUGCUUCCAAUUGUACAUUCUCUACUAGUUCAAUGUUACAGCUUCUAAUUCGCUCAAGUGUU